AUGUGGCUCCGAGAUGAAACAUGUGGUGAUAUAGUGAAGGAUGUGUGGAAUUGGGGAGGUGAUAUUUGCUCAAAAAUUGCUCAUACCUCGAUUAAUUUGAGUGCUUGGAGUAGAAAUAAAUUCGGGGACUUUAUAAAAGAAAUGAAGGACUGCAGAGGCACAAUGGAAAGUCUUAUGGGUGAAUCACAGACAGAGGAGAUUAUUGCUAAAAUUCGGGCUCUUAAUGAUAGAAUGGAUGAGCUAGAGAGGAGGGAAGAAGCUUAUUGGAGGCAACAGAGUAGGCAGGAUUGGCUAAAAAAUGGUGAAAAAAUUACGACCUUUUUCCAUACAAAAUCUAGCCAGAGAAAAUCCAGGAAUCAUAUUAAACUAGUGAGGGAUGCGGCUGGGAAUGUAUUUUGUGAUGAAGAACAAAUUUCAGAGGUUUUUGUGCAGCAUUUUGAUGACUUAUUUUCCUCAAGAGGUCAAUGUGAAAUGGAGGAGGUGAUUGAGAAAGUGGACUCUGCAAUAUCAUAA